CCAAAGGGUAAAAAGGCAGGUGCUAGAUAAAACAAAGCUGCCUCGAGCAACGGCCUCUCUCUGCCUUGCCUCAGCUCCUAACACUUAUUACAGGAUCAUGGCCUCUAAAAUGCUUCAAGUGGCUCUGUGUUCAACUUUGCUUAUAGGAGCAUUGGGAGCGCCAUUUUUGUUGGAAGAUCCAGCAAACCAGUUCCUACAUCUCAAAAGACACAUAUAUUUGCAGGAUUACUGGGACCCAGAUCACAGUCCGAAUACGUGGGAAUACACACUGGCUGGUCAGGCUCAUGAAAAAUGGACUUCUUUGAAGACAACAGCACAGUAUUAUCUGAACGUGAAUCCCUUCCCUUCUGACAUAUCUACUACCCAAUAAAUGUGCUUUGCCGGUUAAACCAGAAUAACAAAAACGGUGGGAGUAUAAAAACCACAGCUUUGGCGAACUGAAGGCAAAUGCUUGUCACUUACUAGAUUAUUUAUUAUGUCUGUCUCACAGAGAUGUUGAAUAAAGUAAAUAUGGAAAUUUAUGCAGUGACCUAGAAUUCAAAGUUCUCUGUAAAUGGUAGAUAAAAUGAGAACUAAAAUUAAAAAGAUUGUAGUAAUAUCAUUUAUCAGAAAGGUCUUUUAUUGAAAAAGAAAAAAAAAAUAAAGCAGUAUCAUUAAAAUUCUCUGUUCAUAGCU